AUGAAGGUACAAAAGGAUGAGAUUUACGUGACGUUUUACACGAUGUUGAAGUUGGCUUUGGUUUUCAUGGUGAUCUCCUGUGUUCUAAUGGCAGAGGCGCGUAGAUUACCAGAGCCGCGACUUCAGGAGACUGAACGUUACCAAAGGCAAUUCUUAAAGAACUAUCUGCAUCGUCGCUCGUGUGUUGCACUUGGAGGAACGGGCUGUGAGGGCAAUAACGGCAAGUGCUGUCGAAAAGGAAACCCGUACACUGGAACCAUGCGAAAAUGUACAAAUACAGGCAGUUUUUCAUCGCCGGUGUAUACAUGUAUGGAGGCAUGA